UUGGCGUUAAAACGGUUCCUGAGCAGAGAUGCCCCUUCAGAUCGUGGUGUGAUGACUGCGAAAGCUGAGCUACUGAGAGCUGUAACCAGGAGAUUCGAUGGGAUUGAAGAUGAACCCCUCUACAGUUUGGCAACUCUGUUAGACCCAAGGUACAAGGAUCGAUGCUAUUCUGCAGAGCUCAAGGCACACACACGGGAGCAGCUUUUGGAGCUGCUGGAUGCACAGAGUGUCGCCGAUGAAGUACAAAGACCUGAAGCCAGCAACGCAGAUGAGCCAGCUGAGAAGAAAGCACGACUCGGUUCCUUGUCAUCGAUGUUGGGUGAGAUCAUGCAAGAAGAACGGCCACAGAAAGCCACUACAGCAAUGUCACAGCUGAAUCUCUACCUGUCAGAGCCUGUCAUCCUUCAGGAUGCUGACCCCCUGGCUUACUGGAGAGCCAAUCAGGAUCGCUUUUCUGCCCUCACCACUGCUGCAAGAGCUUACCUGUCUGCACCCUGCACUAGUGUGGACAGUGAGCGCCUAUUCAGCACUGCAUCCAACAUCCUGGAUGCUCAAAGAAGCAGGCUUUCGGCCAGGAAAGUUGAGAUGCUCCUCUUUGUUAGGAAGAAUCUGCCAUUGAUGCUUGAAAAGGCAUAAGCAUUUGGCCUAAGUAAUGGCAAGUUUACAAUCCCCCAUCCCCUUUUGAAUUUUAUUUUACUUGUACUGUGAAUUUAAUUUUACUUGUACUACCUGGCUGCUAUUUAUUUUAUUUAUUGGAAAUACAGGUGGCCUGGGUGCCAUAUUUUCUGUUGACCUGGGUGUCAUUAUUUAUUAUUUAUUUUUUAGUUAAAAUGGGAGCCAGUAGCCAGUGUUCUGGGGCAGCAUUACUAAUACUGCCCUUGUGCCCUUUAUUUGCACAAGUGUGACUGUUAAUGUUUUGAGAAAUCAUUACUGCCUUUUAUUUGCACAAGUGUGUAAGUGUUAAUUUCGUGGAUGUAUGUGAAUAUUUUGAGGCAGCCUUCGUUCCAUUUGCACCAGAGUUACAGUCUGUGACUGUUAAUUUCAUUAAUAUGCUGCAGUACGUUUGAGGCAGGAUUACUGUCCUUAAUUUGCAGCAUUUACU